AUGUACUCAAGUAGUCUCCGGCGAAGGAUCAACCUUACACCAACGGAGAGUUCCCCGGCGAUGAAAGUUCCCCCAACACCGAUUCCUAAGCCAUUGUUUGCAGCGCUCUGUGAGUCGUUAAACUUCUAUUUUCUCUGCAAUCAACUCCAGCAGUCCCUGGCGGUGGAUCUGUUCUACACCGAUGGAGAGUUCCCCGACGAUAGAACAUCCCGUGUAUAUUUUUGUUUUUGUUUUUCCUCGUCUAUUUCAGCACUACAAAAUCCCCGCAUUAUUGAACAUCCGAUAGAUGCGACCGUACCGCGACACGAGCCGGCCACGCUGAACUGUAAGGCCGAGGGUCAUCCUCCACCCAGCAUCCAGUGGUACAAAGAUGGUGCACCGCUGAAGAUCCUGCCCGGUUCGCAUCGGAUAUUUCUGCCGGCCGGGGGACUGUUUUUUCUUAAGGUCGUAAAUUCGCGCCGUGAAAGCGACGCCGGAGUGUACUGGUGCGAGGCGAAGAACGAAAAUGGGGUGGCUCGUAGCCGAAACGCCACUCUACAAGUAGCAGUUCUGCGGGAGGAGUUCCGCCUGGAGCCGCAGCACACCCGGGUCGCGCAGGGCGAAACCGUUCUGCUGGAGUGUGGUCCACCGAAGGGCGUCCCCGAACCGACGGUCGGAUGGCGCAAAAACGGCCAAAAGCUGGACGUGGAAACGUCGAAACGGAUACGCAUCGUGGACGGUGGCAACCUGGCCAUUCAGGAUGUUCGCCAGACCGACGAGGGCCAGUACCAGUGUAUCGCAAAAAAUCUGGUCGGCGUGCGGGAGUCGGCUAUGGCUUUUCUGAAAGUUCACGUGAAACCAUUUCUGAUACGAGGACCGCACGAUUCGACCAUUGUGGAGGGUUCUUCGGUGACGUUUCAAUGUCGAGUCGGUGGUGACCCCAUGCCGGAUGUACUUUGGCGAAGGUCUGCGUCCGGUGGGAAUAUGCCCCUGGAUAGGGUCCAUAUUUUGGAAGAUCGCAGCUUAAGGUUGGAGAAUGUGGUUUCAGACGAUGAAGGGGAGUACAGCUGCGAAGCAGAUAAUGCAGUUGGUGCGAUUUCUGCUACUGGAACUCUAACGGUUCAUUCUCCUCCUCAUUUGGUACUGCGACCACUUCCGCAAGUAGUGGAAGCUCCACACGACGCUUCCUUCGAAUGCAAAUCGGAGGGUCGACCGAAACCAACAACUUUUUGGUCGAUCGAAGGAAACCGUUCGCUAAUCUUCCCUGGUAGUAAGUUCGAUCGCUUCGAAACAUCCCGAACCGUGGAAGGAUUGACUGUGCUGACGAUACCGGUGACAAGCAAGGCAGACAAUGGUUUAGUAGUCGUUUGUAGUUCAGUUAACGCUGUAGGAUCGAUCAGCGUUCGAGCUCGACUUACCAUUGCUUCCCAAGACGAUCGGCCUCCACCGAUCAUUAUUCUUGGACCGUCUAAUCAAACCCUUCCGGUGACAUCUGUCGUAGCUCUACCCUGUAGAGCGGUAGGUAACCCAACUCCUAUUAUAUCGUGGUACUUGGACGGCAACCCUGUCACUAACUCCGAAAGAAUUAACACAACAGAAAAUGGAACGCUGAUAAUUCAUGAUUUGGAUAAAACCACCGAUCAGGGUCUGUACACCUGCGUUGCGAGCAGCCGGAGUGGAAAGUCCACGUGGAGCGCGUAUCUUCGGGUUGAAGCCCCAACUAACCCGAACAUAAACUUUUUCCGAGCGCACGAACCAAGCGCUUUUCCCAGUGCUCCUGGGAAGCCACAGGUCCUAAAUAUUACCAACAGCUCAAUCACCAUUUCUUGGUUACCGAGCAUUAAAUCUGGAGCUUCCGACAUCAACGGUUACCUGAUAGAGGUUUUCGCUACCGAUUUGGUCAAGGGAUGGAUCCCUAUUCCGUACAAGAUAACCUCAACAAGUUACACCUAUUCGCCGGUGUCAGCGGACGUAACCUACACAUUCAUUGUUCGAGCGGAAAAUGACCAGGGAUUGGGAAUUCCCAGUCUAAUGUCGGAUCCGGUAACUAUCGGUAGAGAUAUAAACCACGGUGAUGAUAUUGGAUUGAGUGAAGCGCAAGCAACGUUGUCUACGGGAAGUGUCGUAAAUCUACUGGAAGCUAACGCUACCGAUUCGACUAGCGUUCGGCUGGCUUGGGAUAUCGUUAACGGCCAAUACGUGGAAGGAUUCUACAUUUACUCCAAAAAGGUAUUUAGUAAUGGGACCUAUCGAACACUGACCGUGUUGCACGGGGGAGGUGCUUCGGCAUGCACCAUCAACGGCUUAGAGAAGUACACCGAGUACGAAUUUUUCCUGGUACCGUUCUACAAAACCAUUGAGGGUAGACCGUCAAACUCUAGGACUGCUCGAACACUGGAGGAUGUUCCUACCUCCGCGCCUGUCAAUAUGGAAGCAGUGCUUUUGAACACUUCAGCCGUCUACCUAAAAUGGGAACCACCAGCCAAUCACACUCUCAACGGCAAACUCAAACACUACCACAUCAUCAUACGAGGCUACGACAUUCACAAUUUAUCCAAAGUCCUUACCAACAUGACCGUCGAUGGAGACUCACCGAAGCUGCUACUGGCAAACCUAUCCGCUGGAGUGACCUACUCGGUCAGCAUUGCCGCCUCUACACGUGUUGGAAUUGGCCCAUUCAGCAUUCCCUCUAUCCUUCGCCUGGAUCCGCACACCAAACGGCUGGAUCAAGGUUACACCCGGUAUCCGAUAAAUCACGACUACUCGCACGAUAUCCUCACGCAGACCUGGUUCAUUAUACUGCUCGGUUCAAUCAUUGCCAUUAUCGUGUUCCUGUUCGGGGCCACCGUCAUCUUCCGGCGGAUUCAGUUCAUGAAGCACAGCUCGUUGAACAACAGCAUACACGGAAAUCACGCAAUCGGAACAGUUCGCAAAUUUCCCACACUACCGCUGAAUCCAAAUGGCGUCUGGAUUGAUCCUGGUGGUGGUGUUUGGAGACAAGCGUCGGAAGUCACAAAGGAAGCCAUCACUGACUACGCGGCGGUUUCGAAUGCUCCAACGUUGCCGCUGCCGGACUAUGAAAGACUAUCGCCGCUCAACAUGCCCGAUUACGCCGAGGUCGCCGGAUGUUCAUCGUUCAAAAACGACCUCGGCGGAUCUCCGUCCUACGAUAAUUACGGUGCGUACGCUUCCACAACGCUGGUCGGCCGUAGCAUCGGCAGCCAUCCGGGAGCAGCGGCGACCGGAUCUGUGACGGCGGCCGCCUUUACGCCCAACCAAUUUGACGGGAAAAACCUGUACUCGGCUCCGACAAGCUGUCACUACAAUAAUUUCAUAAAUCAACAUCAACAGCGACAUCAGCAGCAACUGCACCAACAACAGGCCACCGGGUCGGCUACCGGUGGAGCGGAUGGCAAACGUCCCGGCGGCGCGUACGGAGGCAGCAUCAAGAGUCAGAAAAUGAACAUCAUCGAGAACCGGAUGGCGGACAUGAUGAACAACCUGGGUCACAGUCAGACUUCGGUAGCAUCGGCGGCGGCCAUUCCCAGCUCACCAUAUGGUGGCUCCAGUGUCAGUAAUCUGAAUACAAACAGCAGCAGUAAUCUACUUCCGGCCGGCGGCAGCGGCGUUGCCUCCGGGGCCAGUGUAAGCGUACCUCAUACGCCUCUCUUUGGUACCAUCAAGCGAACGACAAAAUACAACAAAAUAGGCUACAAUAAGGAUAAUAAACUCAAUUUCGGCGAUAGUGGCCGCUCGUCGGAGCAGCCAUUGUUCAUCAAGUCCAAAUAUGACGGAACGUGGUCUUCGGUUCCCAGCACGGUUGCUUCGUCGGCAAACAGCAUAAAUGUGAUUAAUAAUUCGCCAUAUCACCAGCAGCAACAUCAUCAGUCCCAGCAGCAGCUGCUGCUGCUAGCUGGCGGCGGGGGUCAUCAUCAUCAACAUCAGCUACAUCACCCGCAGCAGCAGCAGAGUCCGGGCCAGCUUUACGGUGGAAAAUCGCACGGCAGUGCGAACAUUUUGGAUCCACUUCCGACGAUGCAAACAAAUAAUUUAGAUAAUCAACAAAUACAGAACAAUAAUCCUAGCAGCGGUGGCGGUGGUGGUGGUGGUGGAAGUGGUGGUAGUGGUAGCAGCGUUAGUAGCAAUGCCAGCAGCAACUCGCAGAACUAUCUGAGCAGCUUUGGCAAAACGGAUAAUGUGUAA